AUGAACACCGGGGGUCGACUCAUUGCUGGUUCUCACAACCGGAACGAGUUUGUCCUCAUAAAUGCUGAUGAAAAUGCAAGAAUUAAGUCAGUGCAAGAAUUGAGUGGGCAAGUGUGUCAGAUAUGUGGGGAUGAGAUUGAGAUUACAGUGGAUGGAGAGCCAUUUGUUGCCUGCAAUGAAUGUGCUUUCCCUGUGUGUCGACCCUGCUAUGAAUAUGAAAGAAGAGAGGGAAAUCAAGCUUGCCCUCAAUGCAAGACCAGAUACAAGCGCAUCAAAGGUAGUCCCAGGGUUGAGGGUGAUGAGGAAGAAGAUGAUAUUGAUGAUUUGGAACAUGAGUUUGAUUAUGGAAACUUUGAUGGUUUAAGCCCAGAACAAGUCGCAGAGGCAAUGCUCUCUUCACGCAUGAGCACUGGCCGUGCUUCUCGCUCUAAUAUAUCUGGAAUUCCCACACACGGGGAGCUUGAUUCCACUCCCCUUAGCUCUAAAAUUCCUCUUUUAACUUAUGGCGAGGAGGAUGCUGAGAUUUCUUCUGAACGACACGCACUUAUCGUACCACCAAGUCAUGGAAAUAGAAUUCAUCCAAUUUCUUUUCCCGAUCCAUCUAUACCUUUAGCUCAACCGAGACCAAUGGUUCCAAAGAAGGACAUUGCGGUGUAUGGGUAUGGGAGUGUGGCAUGGAAGGACAGAAUGGAGGAUUGGAGGAAAAGGCAGAAUGACAAACUUCAGGUUGUUAAGCAUGAAGGAGGAAAUGAUGGCAGAAACUUUGAAGGGGAUGAACUGGAUGAUCCUGAUUUGCCCAUGAUGGAUGAGGCCAGGCAGCCACUUUCAAGGAAGUUACCCAUUCCCUCAAGCAAGAUAAGCCCAUACAGAAUGAUAAUCAUUCUGCGCCUUGUAGUUCUUGGCCUCUUUUUUCACUAUAGAAUUCUCCACCCAGUCAAAGAUGCAUAUGGUCUGUGGCUGACAUCAGUAAUAUGUGAAAUAUGGUUUGCAGUAUCAUGGAUUCUAGACCAGUUUCCAAAAUGGUACCCUAUCGGACGGGAAACAUACCUUGAUCGGCUGUCACUGAGGUAUGAAAAAGAAGGGAAACUAUCUGAGCUAGCCAGUGUAGACGUUUUCGUAAGUACAGUUGACCCUAUGAAAGAACCUCCGCUGAUCACUGCAAACACUGUCCUCUCUAUUCUUGCUGUUGAUUAUCCUGUGGAUAAAGUUGCAUGCUAUGUGUCAGACGAUGGUGCUGCCAUGCUUACAUUCGAAGCUCUCUCUGAGACUUCUGAAUUUGCUAGGAAAUGGGUUCCAUUCUGUAAAAAAUACAAUAUUGAGCCCCGAGCCCCUGAGUGGUAUUUUUCUCAGAAAAUUGACUAUUUGAAAAAUAAAGUUCAUCCAGCAUUUGUCAGGGAAAGGCGUGCCAUGAAGAGAGAAUAUGAAGAAUUUAAAGUGAGGAUAAAUGGGUUGGUCGCAACAGCGCAAAAGGUUCCGGAAGAUGGUUGGACAAUGCAAGAUGGAACUCCAUGGCCUGGAAACAAUGUACGAGACCAUCCUGGCAUGAUUCAGGUGUUCCUUGGUCAAAGUGGUGUUCGUGACGUGGAAGGAAAUGAGUUACCUCGUCUGGUUUAUGUUUCUCGUGAGAAGAGACCAGGAUUUGAACAUCAUAAAAAGGCUGGGGCCAUGAAUUCACUGAUGCGGGUCUCUGCAGUUCUGUCCAAUGCCCCUUAUCUUCUGAAUGUUGAUUGUGACCAUUAUAUUAACAAUAGCAAAGCACUCAGAGAAGCCAUGUGUUUCUUGAUGGAUCAAACAUCAGGAAAAAAAGUUUGUUAUGUGCAGUUUCCUCAACGAUUUGAUGGCAUUGAUCGUCAUGAUAGAUACUCAAAUCGGAAUGUUGUAUUCUUUGAUAUCAAUAUGAAAGGAUUAGAUGGUUUACAAGGGCCAAUAUAUGUUGGAACUGGGUGUGUUUUCCGGAGGCAAGCGCUUUAUGGUUAUGAUGCACCUGUCAAGAAGAAGCCCCCUGGCAAGACCUGCAACUGUUGGCCAAAAUGGUGCUGUCUAUGCUGUGGGUCCAGAAAAAACAAGAAAUCAAAGCCAAAGAAGGAGAAGAAGAAGUCAAAGAACAGGGAAGCAUCAAAGCAGAUACAUGCUCUUGAAAACAUUGAAGAAGGAAUCGAAGAAUCAACUUCUGAAAAAUCUUCUGAAACAUCGCAAAUGAAGCUGGAAAAGAAGUUUGGGCAAUCCCCAGUGUUUGUAGCUGCGACUCUUCUGGAGAAUGGGGGAGUUCCUCGAGAUACAAGUCCUGCAUCACUGUUGAGAGAAGCCAUUCAAGUUAUCAGCUGUGGUUAUGAAGAUAAAACAGAAUGGGGAAAGGAAGUUGGCUGGAUAUAUGGCUCUGUAACAGAAGAUAUCCUGACAGGAUUCAAGAUGCACUGCCAUGGUUGGCGAUCUGUGUACUGCAUUCCUAAGCGGCCUGCAUUUAAGGGGUCGGCUCCUAUUAACCUCUCAGAUCGUCUGCACCAGGUUCUUCGGUGGGCUCUUGGUUCAGUCGAGAUUUUCUUUAGUAGACACUGUCCAAUUUGGUAUGGUUAUGGGGGUGGAUUGAAGUGGUUGGAACGAUUUUCCUACAUAAACUCAGUUGUGUAUCCUUGGACAUCCAUUCCCUUGCUCGUUUACUGUACGCUACCAGCUAUAUGCCUUCUUACUGGCAAAUUCAUUGUUCCUGAGAUCAGUAAUUAUGCCAGUAUUGUGUUCAUGGCCCUCUUCAUAUCUAUAGCUGCAACUGGUAUCCUUGAGAUGCAGUGGGGUGGUGUUGGAAUAGAUGACUGGUGGAGAAACGAGCAAUUUUGGGUGAUUGGAGGUGUCUCAUCACACCUGUUUGCUCUCUUCCAGGGUUUGCUCAAGGUUUUGGCUGGUGUCAACACAAACUUCACUGUGACAUCAAAAGGAGCAGAUGAUGGAGAAUUCUCAGAGCUUUACCUAUUCAAGUGGACGUCACUGUUGAUCCCUCCUAUGACUUUGUUGAUCAUGAACAUAGUUGGUGUUGUGGUUGGGGUCUCAGACGCCAUCAAUAAUGGAUAUGAUUCUUGGGGUCCAUUGUUUGGGAGGCUAUUUUUUGCCUUAUGGGUCAUCAUCCACCUCUACCCAUUCCUCAAAGGGCUUCUUGGGAAACAAGAUCGCAUGCCCACCAUCAUUUUGGUAUGGUCAAUUCUGCUGUCUUCAAUCCUUACUCUCAUGUGGGUUCGAAUAAACCCAUUUGUGUCGAAAGAUGGUCCUGUCUUGGAAGUGUGUGGAUUGAAUUGUGAUUAG